AUGAGUAGCAACAAUGAUGGCUCUGAGUCCGUCGACCAGUUCCUUGCGAGGAUUGCCAGCGUUAAGGAGAACGACGAAGCAAGCGCAAAUACCCGGCGGAUGGACGAAGAGUUUCUAAAAGGUCGGCAGGAGCGACAGGCAAGACGACUGGACCUGACACCCUCUACCAUUGCGACCUCAACCCAAGCCAUAAACCCUCCCAUCGAUUUCAGCCCUCAAGCACCCAUCCUGACCCGAUCUAAUGCCGUCAAUGGCAGGACUUCACCUACAAGGAGCACAGAUGCGCCUCGUGUACGUGCUAUCUCUACUUCCCCUAAAGCAGAACCAGCAUCAGCAUCACCUACGGCCACAGGUCUAGCCCGUAGUGGAACUUUGUCGUGGCAGCAAAGACCAGCCUCAAGAGAUGGCCUUCGUCAACGUCCUCUUUCAGCUUUCGCACCCUCGCGUGGUGCAACUCGACUCCCUACAGAACCCGAAAAGGAUGCAGAACCGAGCCGCGCGGACAUUGCAGCUUCACUUGCUCAGAAAGAUCCUGCUUGGUUCCGUCAAACACAAGAGAGGGGAACAAGCUCGGCUGCUUAUAGAAAGAAUCAGGUCGAAGACACGCCAGAGGCUCCUUUGGCAAGAAGCAUGCAAUUGCCAGGCCUGUCGCAGUCUCGUGAGCCCUCGAAAAGUCCAGCUCCCGAACGGCGACCGGAUCAGCCCACUCGAUCGAGUGCGGACACAGUUCAAGAAACCGACAGAUUCAAGCGUGGCACUACUCCUGAUAUCGCCGCUCUAAGGCUGUCUAUGAUAGAGAAACCUCUCACCACUAAACACUCUAGUCCGGAGAAUGCUGUGAUUCAACCACCGUCUCUAGAGACCCCUAACCUUGAUGCCUCUGUUCCAAGUCUCGCGCGGUCAUCGAGCACGUUAUUGCACAACCGUCCACCUUCACCUACCAAAGGCCUAGGAGGCUUUGUGGAAAGCGCUAUGAUGAGGCGAUCAGACAGUGUCAGCAAAAGGUGGAGUGUUAAGGAUAGCAGCGGGCUCAAGAGAGGCGAUUCUGUCGCGGGUGGACGACCAGUCUCCUUGCACAGUAGGGGUAUAUCAAGAGACAUACACUCCUCUCGUGCCGAUACUCCCUCCUCCCCACUUGCAAAUUCUCGUCCAGGCUCGAGUCACAAACAGGAGCCUCUCGCUUCUCCAGAAAUAGAAAGCACAACCAAUCUCCCAAGCAACCCCACCGAGACAGUCAAGGAGGAGCUCAGUCAAGCAUCUCCCAAGCCUAAAGAAGUAACUCCCAUCGAUACAGCAAGACCUCGUACACCUACAGACAAUUCGUUACUAUCGCGAAGUCCCUCAAAGACAAUGGAUCCGAGGAGAUGGAGUCCAACCAAGUCAACCUGGUUAGAAAGUGCUCUGCAGCAGAAACCAGAGACACCCAAGCUUCAGCCUCUGAAGGAAGAGCAACCUAAGUGGAAGGUUGACCUUCAGAGGUCGAAAUCAAGAGCUAGUCGCGAUAUAUCACCUGAGAAGCCCCAAAAGCUGGAGAAGCAACCAGGAUCGCCAAUACUGCUUCAGUCAAAAUCCAUUGUUGCCUCGCCAGUUGUCCCUGCUGCUGCAAAUUCGAGCUCAACUUCAACGCCUAACAUGCCAAAGGACUCUGCUGAGUUGCCACCUGAAGCGCCACAAACUGCUUCUUCGAAAGGAUCGCAAGCUACUGGUUCUGUGCACGUAGAAAAUGAAGAGAGUGAUGUCGUACAAGACGAGGAACCAGCGAACCAGAAAAAACUCAAAGAUACAACGUCAAAUUCUGCUUCAAGGCAGCUUCCUGUUUUGAAACCGAAACCUCAAACACCACCGAAGACGGACUUCCGAGCCACUCUAAAAUCUCGAACUCAAGGACCGACGACAAAUACUGGCGAGGAACCAGAGUUCAGAUCGAUGUUCGGGAAACUGAAGAGAACCACGACCCAGAAUUAUGUCGCCCCAGAUGAGUUGAAGCAUAAUAUCAUGUCGGGUAAAGCAGCACUGAACACAACAGGUGGCCCUGUCAAGACGAAGCGGAUUGACGAGUUCAAAGAGAGCAUCCUCGCUAAGAAGGAAGAGAUGAGAGCUGCAGGUCCGUUGCCUGUGCAGCGACCAGACCAGAAGGACAAAAUAGAGUUCGAUGUGCCAGAAGCGCUGGCCAGACGUAAAACACUCUCGAAAGGAAGCACUACAGAUUCUGUCCGGGUCAAGACCAGCCCCUCCGAUCAAGCCUCUAGACCUGAAAAACCUGCACUAACGCCGAAGCCUUUGACUACCAGGAGGCAGGAAAUGUCGUCUGACAAGCAGACAACUCCUACGACCGUGAUCGCUGUUAAGGACAGCAAACCGAAGUCUGUGCCAGGCAAAAUGGAGCAGCACACUACCCAGAAGAAUGUCUCGAUAGCAGACGAAGACAAACUUGUGCCAACAAUACAGUCCACGGAGUCGACACAUACUCCUGCUGCUCUAGCCACGUCGACAAACCGUUCCACACAGGUACAAGACGCGAUGCAGCCUCCUGUACUGCGAGCUCUAAAGUCUAGUACACAGCCCACUUCAUCAAAUGCUACUUCGACGACCUCGAUCGAUUCACCAGCGCUCACAGGACUACCAGCUGGUAGCAAGCUUGCGUCACGACUCAAUCCUAACCUUGCGGCCAUGCUUUCCCGUGGUUCUAGCCCUAAACCCCAAACAACUUCUAAUGCUGCCAACGAGGAUACAACUGCAGCGCCUGCCAUCGUCUCCUCGCAGGCGGCAGCUCAAGACGAUGGCUCACUUACUCACAUGACUAAAGGACGCGCAAAGGGUCCUAAACGUCGAGCACCAAAGACAGAAGCAGCUGUACCCGAGAGACCAAUACGCGUACUGUCCGAGCAGCCGAUCGUGGCCAAAUCCGAAGACAAGUUGACUUCGAAGAUCACGCCAAAGGAGAAAGAGUCGUCACCUGUAGUGACUCGACAAUCAUUCAAGCAAACAGUCACCAACCCGAAACCUUCGAUUGCCUCGAGUGUCAAGGUUCCUGCCGUUGACAAAAACAUCUCUCUAGCACCUGUGCUCUCGCAAGAAAUAGUCCAGCCAAAGACUCCAUCCAAACAAACGCCCAGUCUCGAUGAAGUAUUCGAGAAGAAUCUUCAAAGUGAGCAAACCACUACCAAGAGCUUAGCGGUAGAGUCGAAAUCGAAGCCAUUGGUAGCAAGCAAAUCUCCUGAGCUGAGAAAAGUCUCGAGCCCGCCCAGCUUCACUGGGAGGCUAGCAGUGAGUCCCAAACCUGUCACACCUCCAAAGCCAGCCUCAGAGACAAUUUCGAAACCCAUACCCAAACCUGAUGCAGCAAGUACGCCCGUAGCUACACCUGAAUUGGGCAAAGACAAAUCUACAGAGAUGGGGAAGGCUGGCCUAACGAAAGUCUUAGUAAAGAAGGAGAUUCGACCUCUUCCAAAACCCGAAAAGUCUAGCAGUAUUCAAGGUCUUGGCUUAAAAAUGACCCCAUCACCACAGCCUCCCAAGCUCUCACCAAAACCAAGAACUCUCACACCACCUCCUGAUACUGACAUGCGCAUAAGUGGUCAUGAAUUUACAGCAAUCAGAGACGUUCUGGAGGAUUAUGUAGGUUCAAUAACAAAGGACUGUGACAGAGCUGAGUUCGACGCUCAACGGUUCUUGGAAUCGACGAGACAGGUGCAGAGCAGGACAAAGACCACGCAACACACUGUUUACGAAGUCUCUGGGGAUGGUAAGAAGACACUUGUUCCAUCAGAGCAUCAAUAUAUUCUCUAUGAGGACGCAAUGUACUUAAUUGCACACAGAUACACUACGGAAAGUGGAAGUGCCACUGCGGAUGUUCAUUUGUGGUGUGGCGGCCGUGUCUCUGACGCGGCCAUAGACGAUGCGCAGGUUUUCUGCCGACGAGAUGCACGAGAACACAACACAAAACUAGAUGUGGUUAGACAAGGUAAAGAGAGCGCAAGCUUUAUGCAAGGAUUUGGUGGAAUACUUAUUGUACGACGUAGCAAGUCUUCUGCUCUCUAUAUGCUGUGUGGAAGGAGACACCUCGGCCACAUCGUGUUCGAUGAGGUUGAUAUGGAUGCUGGCAAUCUGUGUCCUGGCUUUGCCUUCUUAGUAUCUGCAGCAUAUGGAAAGCUAUAUCUAUGGAAAGGUAAAGGUGCGGGUGUCGAUGAGAUUGGUAGCGCCAGACUCAUUGGCAUGGACCUUGGUUUGACAGGUGAAAUCGAGGAAGUCGAUCAGGGCUCUGAAUCGUUAUCUUUCUGGGAGGCACUUGGUGGCAAGAAGCAACAACAUUGGUCUAGUGUUUGGAAUCAACGAUCAGAGACGAGCGGCCAUCAUUCGGCGCUGUACCGUGUCGAGCACGAACGACCAGGCAUGCUCACAAGUCUAGCGUCCUGGGGGCUCAAGCGAGCUGCGUCUCCAGCAAAGCAACAGCUCAAGGCCACUUGCGAACAGCUUCAGCCAUAUUGUCAAAGCGAUCUCGACACGCCUGCCAUUCACAUUCUUGACAACUAUCGUUCGCUGUACGUCAUAUUAACACGGCAAUGUACCUCGAAGGCGGCAGAAUUUGUCACAGCACUCUCUAUCGCGCAGGACAUCGCCAUGCUGUCUCCGGCUAUACAGGAUCGACCUGUACUUCCGACAUGUUAUGUGGUUGCUGGUAACAUGCCUAACGAUGUCAAGGCAUGCUUUAGGAAAUGGAGUGCCCUGGAGAGCGCUUCAGUGGCAGGUAAAGACUCGAUCUGUGUACGAGUCGAGGAGGUAAUGGAGGCAUUGGAGUUAUGA